AGUUUUUCUUCAUUAGAGCCAUUGCAGAAUUAGAGAGUUAGCAAACUCAAGCCAUGAAAGGCCUCACUAUUGUUUUUUUUUCAGUAUUCUGUGUCUUGCUUUUCUCGUUCUUUGUUGUUACGAGAGCAGAUCAAACCAAGAAUAAUGGGGUUUAUAUCGUGUAUAUGGGAGCAGUGGCUUCGCCAAGUGGUUCGUUAAGGCACGAGCAUGCUCAGCUACUGGCCUCUGUGUCAAAACGGAAACAAAACGCUCUGCUAUACAGUUAUGGACAUGGCUUCUCUGGGUUCGCAGCUCGUUUGUCAUCAGAAGAGGCCCAUGCACUUUCUAAAAAAGCAGGAGUUGUGUCUGUGUUUCCCGAUCCCGUAUUACAACUCCACACAACUCGUUCAUGGGACUUCUUGAAGUACCAAGAUGAUCUCUUGAUCGACUUCAACCCAACUGACUCCGAGUCCCCGUCUCAGGGAUCAGAUACUGUUAUUGGCAUUCUAGAUACAGGAAUCUGGCCGGAGUCAGAGAGUUUCAAUGACAAAGAUAUGGGUCCAAUUCCAACACGUUGGAAUGGAACCUGUGCGGUCGGAGACGAUGACAAAUCCUUCAAGUGCAAUAAAAAGAUAAUUGGAGCAAGAGCUUACGAAAUAGAAGACGAUCCAGGGGCGGCGUUCCACACAAAAGCACCAAGAGACACUUAUGGCCACGGCACCCAUGUGGCUUCAACUGCAGCUGGACGAGUUGUAAAUGCUUCUUACUAUGGCCUUGCUGCAGGUUCCGCCAAAGGUGGCUCACCUGCCUCAAGGAUUGCUGUAUAUAGGGUAUGUUCUCCUGAUUAUGGAUGCACUGGAUCUAAUAUACUAGCAGCAUUUGAUGAUGCAAUUGCGGACGGUGUGGAUGUUCUUUCCUUAUCAAUUGGUGCCCGGGCAGGAGUUUAUCUUGAUUUUACCAAUGAUCCGAUCGCAUUAGGAGCAUUCCAUGCGGUGCAGCAUGGGAUCACCGUGGUCUGCUCCGCAGGGAAUGAUGGGCCUACUAGUGCAUCAGUUGUCAACGUUGCACCCUGGAUUUUGACUGUUGCUGCUUCAACAAUUGACAGAGUUUUUGAGUCUGAUAUUGUGUUGGGUGGAAACAAAGUUAUUAAGGGUGGAGGCAUAAAUUUUUCUGAUCUCAAAAAGUCUCCUGUAUACCCACUGAUUUAUGCUAAGUCAGCCAAGAAAAUGGACGCAGACGAAACUGAAGCUAGAAAUUGUGGUGCAACAACAUUGAAUGAAACUCUGGUAAAAGGGAAGAUUGUUCUUUGUGACAAUGAUAAUGGGAUGAAUUCUAUAGAAGGUAAAAUGGACCAGGUGCAGACUCUUGGAGGUGUUGGUGCAAUUGUGGUUGAUGACGAAUCAAGUGUAGUGGUGACCACUUUUGGAGUAUCGCCCGUUACUGUGAUCAGUUCGAAGGACAAGGAACAGAUCAUUUCCUAUAUCAACUCAACCAGAGAUCCAGUGGCAACAAUUUUACCCACUGUAUCAGUGACAGAAUAUAAGCCGGCGCCUGUCAUAGCAUACUUCUCAGCUAGAGGUCCUUCAUUCAUGACCAGGAACAUUAUCAAGCCUGAUAUUGCAGCACCAGGAGUUAACAUACUUGCAGCUUGGAUGGGGAAUGAUACAACCGCCGCUCCAAAAGGUAAAGAACCCCCUGAAUUCAAUAUGAUCUCAGGAACUUCAAUGUCAUGCCCGCACGUAUCUGGAAUUGCUGCAACCGUUAAAUCUCAGAAUCCGACAUGGAGCCCCUCUGCAAUCAAAUCAGCUAUCAUGACUACGGCAAUUCAACUAAACAAUUUGAAGGCCCCAAUAACUACAGAUUCAGGAUCAAUAGCAACACCUUAUGAUAUUGGUGCAGGAGAAAUCGGUACAACCGCACCACUACAACCAGGGCUGAUUUACGAGACCACUGAGGUUGACUACUUGAAUUUUCUGUGUUACUACGGUUAUAAUGUAUCAAAAAUCAAAAGCAUCGCAAAAUCUGUUCCAGAAGAUUUCACCUGUCCCAAGGAGUCAAGUAUGGAUCUUAUAUCAACUAUCAACCAUCCAUCAAUAGCAAUCUCAAGUUUCAAAGGGAAAGAGGGAAGAACUGUAAGUAGGACUCUCACAAACGUUGCAGGAGCUAAUGAAAAAAUCUAUGCUGUAACUGUUGAUGCACCUCAAGGACUAAAUGUGAAGGUGAUCCCAGACAAACUGCAAUUUACGAAGAGUGGACAACAGUUGAGUUACCAAGUGACUUUCUCUUCUAUCCUAUCAUCGCUGAAGGAAGAUUUAUUUGGAUCAAUCACAUGGUCUAAUGGAAAAUACAAAGUUCGGAGCCCAUUUGCAGUUAGCAGUGAGAACAGCAGGACCGUUGUCACUCAUUAAAAAAAAACAAUGUAUCUCAUAAGUUUCAAGGGAAGAUUUAAAAGCAAAUAUAAGUUGUGAAUAAAUCUUCAAUAUAAUUCCAGAAACCUAAUAUUCCAAUUGUACCUGUCGAUACA